AUGAGGACCAUCCUCAGCCUCGUCUUCGUGUUCGUGCAGCUCGCCUCCGCGCUGAAAUUCGACCUCGUCGCUACCUCCGGCCACGGCAAGAAUGAGCGCUGUAUUCGGAACUUCGUUGCUAAGGAUCAGCUUGUUGUUGUUACUGCUAUUGUUGGUGGUACUAAGGGAGAUGGGCAGAAGGUUAAUAUUCAUAUCAAAGAUUCCAUGGGCAACGACCACGGCCGACCAAAAGACGUCGUCGGCGAAACGCGUCAAAUAUUCACUUCGCCCGCUGAUACCGUUUUCGACGUGUGUUUCGAGAACCAACUUACCGGCCACAACGGCAUCUCAAACCCCUCCCGCCCAAUCGAACUAGACGUCGACAUUGGCGCCGACGCCCGCGACUGGAACAGCAUCCAGUCCCAGGAAAAGCUCAAGCCCGUCGAGACAGACCUCCGCCGCAUCGAGGAGAUGGUCACCGAUAUCGUUACGGAGAUGGAGUACCUGCGUGCACGUGAGCAGCGUCUGCGCGAUACCAAUGAGAGCACUAAUGAGCGUGUGAAGUGGUUCGCUUUCGGGACUAUGGGUAUGCUUGUUGGGCUUGGUGCUUGGCAGGUUGUUUAUUUGAGGGCUUAUUUCAGAUCCAAGCACCUUAUCUAG